AUGGACGAGUUUUUAUCUCUACUGAGAAAGUCUUCUGACAAGAUUUCCACAGUGUAUGCCUCAGUUCUUCAAUCUAAAAGCAUAGCCGAUUCCUUGUUUCAAGGUCUAGUCACAGCUAGCAGUAGUAUUACCCCGUCGAUGCUUGCUACUAUCCUAAAAUACCCUUUGUCUUACCCUCUAACAGAUAUUGACAUGCUUUUCUGUGAAUGCAUCUCGGCACUAGUAGCACAGGAUGCUUGCCGCGCCGAGCUUGUCUUUGUUACCCUACUAUCCUUUGAAGACGUGGGAGCGACUGGCAGUACGCCUUUCUCUUGCAAGCAUGCAAAGGUUGAUGUUAUUAAGCAUAUUCUCAGUGCCAAUCCAACUGCAAUUAAUGCUUUGGCGGCAGCCAUUCAGGCCACUAUUCCCAGCAUCCAUUGUAUAAAGAGAGCUAUACCGUGGCUCGACCUCAUACUGUUAUUAGAAACGAGUAUUAGUGGGCUAGUGCAUAGCACAGUUGAAGCGGCCAUAAAGCUUCUUCUCCUUAUAGACAGUCACAUCGAGGCGUUCUCUGUGCCUGGCGGAGGCGCCGACGUUCAACCCACAGCGCCUCCUGAGGUUGCCCCAUCCGAAGGCGGUGCGGUGGGAAGCUACAUAAGUCCAUCCUUUGGGUCUCACAAGAAGUUCACCGGGCCGAAUCCAGGAAAGCAGGUAGCUUAUGAAGAGCCACAAGAGCACUCCGAGGAGGACGCCGUCGAAGGCUGCUUUCUUGAGGAUGCUGAAUCAAUAGAUUUUUGUACAGAUAUAGUGGACCAGCUAUUGGUUAGCUAUUUUGAACACCUUCGGGCACUAUGGAGUAGUGAUUCCGGUGGUUAUGUAAAGCGUUGUCAAAGUGCUAUUAUCCCGUGUUUUGCACGUCUGGGGAUGUGUCUCCGAACCAUCAGGUACACGCAGUUUGUUGUGUUCUAUGCCGUGUCACUUGACCCCAGUCUCCCCGGUCUGCUGAUAGAAUACUUGAUAAAGAGGAGCCUAUUUGAUUUAAGUGCAUCCAUCUCUACAUACUUAGACUCGAUGAAUUACUUGGGGAGCUUCAUUGCUCGCUUCUCUGGACUCACGCUCCCUCUUAUGAUUGGAUCCAUCAAGCUUCUCCUCCAAUACGCGACCCACCUCGGGGCCGAACUAGAUCCUGAGAAUAUCCACGCUCUGGAUCGAGCCAUAGGUGUCUACAGAAUUGCUGGGGAACUGUGCCUCGAUAUGGCCCAGAGAGGGUUCGCAUAUAAGGGCAAAGCUCAGGUUUCAACCAAUCUUGUCCCAGGUGGUGUCAUACGCUACCUUAGCGUAGUCCGAACACUGCUCUACGCCCUCUGCUUUGUUGCCGAGGACAUAGCGCCUCAGGAUCUUGACAUGGGGGCAUUGUCAAGACUGCUACUCUCAGACCUAUGCCCAAUUGUCUACUUCUAUGACAUAGGUGUGCAGCUCUUGCACGUGAUCCACAAGUGGGCAUUUUUAGUGCCCAACGAGCUAGACAAGCUUCACGCCAUUCUGGAUUAUGCCCAGAAUGUAGAUCUACCAUACAAUGUCAUAUCUUGCUUUUAUCCCUUUGAGCCAUUGUGCUUACCGCGGAGUAGCAACCUUAUUGCGCCAUAUUAUCGAGACUAUUGGGUACAGGAGGCAGACGAUACAGUAGCGUGA